UUAUCUUGCUCAGCUUAUCACAUCAGCAGCUAAGCAAUACCUAACAAAUUGCAAAAAUCAUGUCACAACAAAUAUUAAAAGCAGAAUCAAUAAAUGGAUUCAACAUAAAUUGGCUUGGAUACCAUUUUCAAAGAAAAAUCUUACAAAAUCAGUGAACCACCUCUAUAAAAUCCUUUGCAGUGGUUCAAGACUUUCACUUCCAUCAUUUUUUUUUAACAUCAGAGAUCCUUUGCUUUUUGACAUUGCCUCUAUUAGAUUUAUUUAUAUAUUGCAAAAGGCAAGAAAUCUUUUAGGAACCUUGUCAUUAGAAAACAAUGAA